GUGUGUGUUUGUGUGUGUGGGUCAGUGUGUGCAUGGGGGCACGUGUGUGUAUGUGUUUUCUCCUGGCCAUAUAUAGGAUGAUGUGCACCAGGCUCUGCAUUGGUAGCAGCACUUGAGCUCUUCCCCUAUUCUGUUUGUAUCUCUAUCACCACUCUCCCUCUCUCUAGUUCUCCCUCUCUCUCUCUCUCUCUCUCUCUCUCCUCUCUCUCUCUCUCUCUCCGGCCCCCCAUUCAAGAUUACCUGCAGGAAUACAAGGGAAGCUCUGGUCCUGCUCUGCUCCUUUCUACCGGACCUUCUUGCUGGGAGACUUCUUUUUUAAAGCUGUGUGCUUUGAGAACCCGGUGAAGCUGAGACAACAUGAGUGAUCUUCUGGAAGAUGGGUCCUUCAUGUUCACGUCGGAGUCCGUAGGGGAAGGACAUCCAGAUAAAAUCUGUGACCAAAUCAGUGAUGCUGUCCUGGACGCCCAUCUGAUGCAGGACCCUGAUGCAAAAGUAGCCUGUGAGACGGUGUGUAAGACCGGCAUGGUGUUGCUGUGUGGAGAGAUCACUUCCCGGGCCCAUGUGGACUACCAGAAGGUUGUCAGGGAGACCAUCCGGCACAUCGGCUACGACAACUCCGACAAGGGUUUCGACUACAAGACGUGCAAUGUGCUGGUGGCUCUGGAGCAGCAGAGCCCCGACAUCGCCCAGGGCGUCCACAUCGACAGACAGGAGGAGGACAUCGGCGCCGGAGACCAGGGCCUGAUGUUCGGCUACGCCACCGACGAGACGGAGGAGUGCAUGCCGCUCACCAUCGUCCUGGCCCACAAGCUCAACUCCAAGAUGGCUGAGCUCAGACGCGACGGCACCCUUCCCUGGCUGCGUCCCGACUCUAAAACACAGGUGACAGUGCACUACGAACAGCAGGGCGGCGCGGUCAUCCCCAUAAGGGUCCACACCGUGGUCAUCUCCGUCCAGCACGAUGACUACAUCUCCCUGGAGGAGCAGAAAGUCAUGCUCAAAGAGAAGGUGAUCAAAGCAGUGGUCCCUGCUAAGUAUCUGGAUGACCAGACCAUCUACCACCUGCAGCCCAGCGGACGCUUCGUGAUCGGAGGGCCUCAGGGCGAUGCCGGGGUGACGGGCAGGAAGAUCAUCGUGGACACGUACGGCGGGUGGGGCGCGCACGGCGGCGGAGCCUUCUCAGGGAAGGACUUCUCUAAGGUGGACCGCUCGGCGGCCUACGCCGCCCGCUGGGUGGCCAAGUCCCUGGUGAAGGCCAAGCUGUGCCGGAGAGUGCUGGUCCAGGUGUCCUAUGCCAUUGGCGUGGCCCACCCCCUCUCCAUCUCCCUGUUCACAUACGGCUCUUCCGAGAGGUCAGAGGGAGAACUGCUGCGCAUCGUCAACAAGAACUUUGACUUGCGGCCAGGUGUCAUUGUCAGGGAGCUUAACCUGAAGAGGCCCAUCUACCAGCAGACAGCCUCCUACGGCCACUUUGGCCGCCCAGAGUUCACAUGGGAGAUGCCGAAGGAGCUGAUCCAUUAAACAUCCCCAACACCUGCCUGGAACACAACCACAACCACACCUUCUUACGGACUACAGCCACAAAGGACUAAUCAUUUAGUCUUAGUGCCCCCCACUUCCUACAAUCGAUAUGGUGUAUCUUCAAGAGAAUACAUGCGGCCAAUGUUAGGGAUAUAGUUUUAGGUUUUAGAUUUUCGGGCUGAGGUUCGCUCCACCAAAACAAGACCACUUUAGCAAGAGGAAGGAGUGGGGGAGAUGUGUAUCUGAGGAGGAGGAUGAAGGCUAUCCAUUCAAAAGCGAGGUCUAAAUAUUGAAAGACAGCACCACAUAAGUUACACAGAGAAGAGUACACAAAAGAAAGUAAAUGUAAUAAUAACAGUCAUCUUAUGAUCAUUUUAACUCUUUUUGGGAUGGUUUUUCAAACUCAGGUAAUACUUGUAGAUUUGUGCCUUUUGUCAAACCAUUUCUCUUAUGGUCACUGAAAAGCAGAAAUGGAUUUAUAUGCAGGGAAGUAUCGUAAGCUGUAGCGGUGCUUUAAUCUUGUGUCAGGGUUUGGACUCCAUCUGCAUAAUAUUUGACGUACUCAAAAGACAAUCAGGUUAAGCCGAGACAAAGCAAAUUUUCCCGACUGAUGCAACUGUGUGUGCAUUCAUUACUCAAUAUUGUGUCACCAAAAGCCAGAAUACUUCUACAGUAAUAACUGUUAAAUAUAAAAAAUGCAAACAUAACCCCAAAGCAGAGAAUAUCCCCUUUGAAUUCUGAAAUGUAGUGCAAACAAACCUUUUGACCUCUAAAUGGUGCUUUUCAAACCACUCAAUCGUGGGCUGGAUGGUUGUCUUAAAAUAGCUCAUGUGUUAUUGAAUUUACUUAAAAGAGACUUGACUCUGUAUGAAAAAUCGAUUUUAUUUAAGAUACAAAUAAUAACAGCAAUAGGUCACUUAGUCGAGAAGUCUGUUUGUGUUCGUUACUAAACCAAACAAUUAAUUAUUACCCCGACAUAUGAAUUAUGAUGCAUUAGUUUCCAUGCCAGGGCUUCCCACAUGACAUUGCUAGACAACCAUGGGGUCCCACUGUUACAAUUCUCUGAUAAGAAACACUUGUUUUAUCUAUGGAUCGUUUGUACUUAAACUGUGACUUAAUCUUCUGUGAUUGCUAUAAUUGGUGCUGAGAAGUCUUAAGCAUUGGAGACAUGUACACAUCUCAAAUCUCCCAUAUGGUAAAGGUGGAGGCACAGGUUGACUUUGAUUGAAGUCCUGCUGCUGCUGCUUUUUUUCCAUAUCAGUCAUGUGCAAAGCCAGAUUGGACAAUCUUCUGCUUACAUUUUAUACCUACAGUGUAGAACCAGACGUGCUUCUGCUAUGGGCCAUAGGACAGGAAAGCAAAAGAUUUGCCUCGUUAGAUUUAGGGACACCUGACGGCAGAGUUAAUAGUCUUAAACCAAAAGCUGCAGAUGUCUGUGGAUGGUCAACAAACACUGAUUGUAUGAACCACUCGCUCCACGUCAAUGUGUGACCGUGGACCUGUUUACUUUGAACCUUUUAACUUUUCUUAAAACAUUACAGCUGGUGGAUCAAUGAACAAUGUAUAUAAUUAUCGACAAUAAAGAACAAUAUUUUAAAGAUAAA